AUGUCUUCACAAGUCUUGCUAUCAUUAAGCCCUUCAAGAAGACUUGGAAGAUACAAGUCAAAGAUUGUGCAUUCUUGGAGGCAGUAUACGUCUUCCUCUGGAGAAACCUUGGAGGUCAUAUUCGCUGAUGUUGAUGGAACUCUGAUUCAUGCAACUAUAAAAAAAAACCAAGUGAACAAGUUUUUCCGGAUGAUAGUUGCUGGAGAGUGGAGAAUCAUUGAGAAUUUUCAGCUUACUAAGUCUAUGGGAAAGUACAGGGCAACGAAUCAUGCAUUUAAGAUGUCCUUAACAAACAGCACAAUCAUUAGCCGUUCUCCUGCACUAUCAGAUGACUGGUAUUUUGAUUUCAAGAGCUUUGAUGAGAUUACUGCUGAAGGAGAUCUUAGUGACAACAUCUUGAUCGAUGUUGUUGGACAGGUCGUUAACAUUGGUGCUAUGAUAACUCAUGACGUUAAUGGGAAAAUCACCAAGCGCCUUGAAGUGGUUUUGAGAGACACAAGUGACAAUCGGUUGCCAUGUACCUUAUGGGGGAGAUUUGCCGAUAUCAUGUGGUCUGCGUGUGAACAAGCUGGGAACCAAAUGGUUACUUGCCUGCUACGUCUUGCAAAGAUCAACACGUUUAAUGGUGUGAAAUCCAUAUCUAAUGCAUAUAAUAUGUCCUUGCUAAUCAUCAAUCCUGAUUAUCCCGCUGUGCAGGAUUUUAGUGCAAGGCUGCCUAGGGAUGAAGUGACAAUCGCCGUAUUACAACCAAAGCCUGUUGGACCAAAAAAUGAUACUAAGGUUGAUUAUUUCAACCGUGUCGAGAAGAAGACCAUUUCCGAGUUCCUUGAAACUACAGCGGAAGGAAAGUUCAAAAUAUUUGGAACAAUCUUUAAUAUAGACAUGGACUAUGGGUGGUAUUAUUUCACUUGUGUAAAGUGUGAUAAAACUGCUUACUUGGUGCCUAAGAAGGAAGAUGAUGCUAAAAGCAAGAUUAAGACUCGAUUGUUUUCGUGCAAGAAGUGUAAUGAGAUCACAUCUAAUGUUCUCCCAAGGUUCAGAUUGAUUCUCUCUGUUAUGGAUCACAGUGCUCAUACUAAAGUUAUGUUGUUUGACAACAAUGCUGAAAAAAUCGUUAACAAAACAGCGAAAGAAAUUUUGGAUGGACAUCACGAUGAGAUCCAGGAUCCGACCAAUGUCCCAGAAGUCUUGAAGAGCUUGGUUGGAAAGACCUUUCAGUUUCUAGCAAGUGUCGAAAUUGGCAACCUCAAUGGUGGCAAUGAUACUUAUAAAGUAUCAUAUGUGGAAGUUGGCAGCGAGACUUACCACGUUGACAAUAUAGAGGAUUCAGAGCAAACACUUGACCUCUCAGCUGUUGUCUCCAAUGAUCAGGUUGAGAUUGAUGACGGUAUUGGUACCUCUAACACUACUCCAUCUUCAAAGCGUAAGGAAGGAGAAAGUGAUGAUUUGUUGGAGCAGUCAUCAUCAUCAAAGAAAUUUUGUGUCAAGUCCAUUGGCCUGGAGAUUGAAAAAGAAGCUGAUGAGGAAGAUGGAAAAGCUUAA